AUGAAAUCCACUCUGAUUGCAGUUGCUCUGGUACAGGCCGCCAUUGUGCUUGGUGCUGUCAUCCAAGGCUACUUGUGCGUCAUCAACGGCAAGGUCAAUACCUCGGACAAUAUCUGCGUCACAGCUGCCGGAACACCCCUCCCUGAGUCACCGGGGACUUGUUGCUUUGACGAGUCGGCCAGAGCGGCGAGCUUCGAGCAGGGAUGCGCUGACAAAAGCGGGAAGGCUAACUCCUCGGGCACCUUCGGGUGA